AUGGGGGACCUCCCCCAGAGGAUGAAGGAAGAGUGGGAGAAGCGACACAAGAAAUCUGCCGAGGCUGCCUUCGCUGCGAAGAGACUGGGCAAGCCAACCAGUCAUCAGCCAUCCUUCUUCGCGAAAGUCAAUGCCGUGGAAGGAGACGCUGUUGAAGAUGCUGUUGCAGAGAAGGUGGGGCAGCUGGAAGAACCACCGACUGUUUAA